CCUGGGGAGAGGGGUAAUUAAGUGUGGUAACAUAGGAAAUUAUACUGCAAUGCUCACACACAGGCUCAUAUUAUUUGUGAAAGAUUCAAGUUACAAUCUACCUCGUUACGUUCGGGUCUAUACUAGAAAUCACAUGUCUCAUGUCACUUUUCACUCACUUUCCAAUUUAGUUGCAGUAACUCCUUCCAUUUCACACUCGAAAUUCAUAUUUUUGGUAGCAAAGCUAGUAUUGCUGCAUGAGAGGAAAAAUAAUACAUGUGACUAUAAUGCACACAAUAUGGGUUUAGAUUUGACAUGGUACUAAAAAGUCACUUCCCAUUACAUUACCAUGGUUACAAUCUCAGUGAGAACCACAAUAAUGUAGUGUAGUUGUAUGAUGUAAUCUGUAAAAUGGCAGUGCAAACAGGUAAGACUUUACAAUCACACUUUAUUAACACUUAUAAUAAUUUGUCAGUGUUAGGGAAAGUCCCUUCGGAAGAGUUGGGUGUGGUUCUUCCUCAUGAACACAUCCUGGUAGACUACACUACAGGACUUGAUACCACCACAUCCUUUCUCAAUGGCCGUGACGUUGCAGGGCUACCUGUUACUAUGGAGAAUCUGGGGUUCACAAGACGAUUCAUGUACAGUGUGCGUGAGAAUGUGGUUCUUGAUGAGAUCGAAAAAGCAGAGACAGAAGUGGGGCUAUACAAGACGUCUGGUGGGGGCUGUAUCUGUGAAAUGUCUGUGGUGGGUAUGAGAAGAAAGGAGCACUCUUUCGACGACUUAGCACGCAUCUCCAAGGCAACGGGUGUACAUAUUGUAUCGACAACAGGAUUCUAUAGCGAGUCGUUCCUCUCAGCUGAGAUUAAAACAAUGUCCGUCCAAUCAAUGGCAGAGUUGAUGAAAACAGAGGUUGCGAUAGGGAGUGGACCGAUGGGAUUGAAGUGCGGGGUCAUGUACAUUGCAUGCUCAGAUCCCCUUAAAGAAACAGAGAAGAAAGCUCUGGAGGCAGCUGCCAUCACACACAAGGAAACAGGUGUGGCAAUACAGGUAGCUCCAGGGCGAACCACAGACCUCCCAUUCCGAAUCCUGGACCGCCUCUAUUCCUAUGGAGUGCAUGGCCAGGCUAUCAGUAUGUCUCAUGUGGAUCGGGCAUUCUCAGACUGUGAAACUAACCUCAAACUAAUGAGUGACCUGUGUCACCGUGGUUGCUACAUUAACCACUCCCUUUUUGGAAAAGAAUGCUCACACUAUCCAUGUAAUGAAGAUUUCGACUUCCCUAGCGAUGCUCAGCGUAUUGCCCGGAUCAAGGCUCUUGUCGACAGGGGAUGUUUGGAUCAUCUGCUUGUGUCACAUGAUAUUGUCUGUCGGAAUGAGUGGGCAUGUUAUGGUGGUUACGGUUAUGGUCACAUGUUAGACCACAUAGCCCCAAAGUUUCUGAACAGAGGUUUCCAGAGAGCUACUGUGGACAGGAUUAUGAGAGAGAACCCUCAAAGAUGGCUAACCUGCUCUGAAUUUAGAUGAAACUGAACCUCAACUGUACAUUGAG